AUGGCUAAAUACAGGCCGUGGGUGGUGUGCUGCUUCACCUUGGCCGGCGUGAUCUGCGCGGUCGCCAUCACCUGCCUGUGCAUCUCCUCGCUGGUGGACAGAGGGUGUCCCGGGGGCAGCUUCAGGCGCGCCGCCGUGUCUGCAGACUCCAAGCUCUGCUCCGACAUCGGCAGGAACAUGCUCCAGCAGGGGGGUUCAGCAGUAGAUGGCGCCAUUGCAGCUCUUCUGUGCACAGCGUUGGUCAACCCUCAGAGCAUGGGGAUUGGAGGAGGGUCCAUAAUCACCAUAAGAAAUAAAACAGGCAAUGUUAAAGUCUACAACUUCAGGGAAACGGUCCCAAAGUCGUUCAAAACGAACCUUUUAAAGGACUGUCCCACCACGUUCAGACUGAGCAUAGGUGCCCAGUGGAUCGGCGUUCCCGGUGAGCUCCGGGGCUACGAGGCAGUUCACAAGCAGUAUGGGAAGCUGCCUUGGGCCAAGCUGUUCGAGCCAACAAUUAAACUGGCGAGGGAGGGCAUCGAUAUGCCGCCAUAUCUGGCAAAACUUAUGAACAGCCCCAUUGGGAGAAUUCACGUGGAAAAUUCCUCUCUCUGUAAGCUUCUCUGCAACAAGAACAAAACGGUCCUGGGAACAGGAGACAUCCUGAAAUUUACUAAACUCGCAGAAAGUUUGGAAACAAUUGCAAAGCAAGGGGCAGACGCCUUCUACACGGGCAAGAUGGGACAAGACUUAAUCAAAGACAUUAAAGAUGCAGGUGGGACGUUGGAAUUGGAGGACCUGAAGUCAUUCCAGGUGCAGGUGGUUGAUGCAUGGAAAGUUUCUCUGGGCGACAUGAAGAUGCACAUCCCUCCACCGCCUGCCGGGGGCGCCCUGCUUGCCUUCAUUCUCGGACUGAUGAAAGGGUACCACUUGACUCGAAGCUCCCUGCAGGGACACCAGAAGGUUCAGAUGUACCAUCAUUAUAUAGAGGCAGCUAAAUUUGCUAAUGGACUAAAGAGAAGCAUCUCUGAUCCUGGUUUCAGUGACGGAAAGACCGCAGAUCAUUUGAUCGAUCCCUCCUUCAUUAAUCAAAUCAGGGAGAGGAUUUUUUCAAACCGCACCCAUGUCAACUCCUACUACAACAACGUUCGGCCCUCCUCCGAUCACAUGGGGACAACACAUGUGUCUGUCCUGGAUGAAGAGGGGCUGGCUGUCUCCGCCACCAGCACUAUAAACCAAUUAUUUGGAGGAGCCAUUUACUCCCCACAAACAGGAAUCAUCCUCAACAAUGAGCUGGCUGACUUCUGUGGGAGAGCAGACACAGUGAGGGCAGGUGAACAGCCUCCUUCCUCAAUGACUCCAGUAAUACUCGAGUCAAAGUCUGGAGGGCUCCUUGUGAUUGGUGGAUCCGGAGGAAGCAUGAUAACCUCAGCGGUAGCCUUGUCGUUAAUGAAUCGCCUGUGGCUUGGGAUGAGUCUGAAAGAAGCCAUCGCUGCGCCCAUAGUGUUUGUUGAUUCCAGGAACAAUGUGAAUUUUGAGCCCGGUUUUGACAAGUCUGUGAUAGAGGGCAUCAAAGCUCUUGGACACAGAGUUGGGGACUGGAAAUAUUUCCUCAAUGUCGUCAACGGCGUGGAAAAGGAGAAGGGAUGCAUCACGGCCAUAUCGGACGCCAGGAAGAUGGGGGUGGCAGCUGGAUACUGA